AGUUGGCCGGAAUAAUGCUGUGGACGAUGCCAUCGGUCCGACAAAUGCACGUCACAAAAUCGUUGUUAUGGGCGCUGCUAAAGUCGGUAAAACCUCAAUAAUUACACAAUUCCUUUACAACACAUUUACGACCAAAUACAAGAGAACCAUCGAAGAGAUGCAUCAGGGCAAUUUUUCUAUAGCCGGUGUCAGUUUAACAUUGGAUAUUUUGGAUACGGCUGGUUCAUAUGAGUUCCCUGCAAUGCGAGCCCUUUCCAUAUCUUCGGCAGAUGCAUUCAUUUUGGUCUAUGACGUCACAGAUGCAACAACAUUUGAAGAAGUGCGAAUGAUACGCGAUCAAAUACAUGAGACUAAGGGCACCUCAGCGGUCCCAAUUGUGGUUGUGGGUAAUAAAAUAGAUUUACUAACUGAAAACAGUGAUCUAAGAGAGGUUGAAUAUGCCACCACAGAAUCGGUUGUAACAGUAGACUGGGAAAAUGGUUUCGCUGAAGUGUCAGCGGCAAGGAAUGAAAAUAUCACUCAAGUCUUCAAAGAGCUAUUAUCACAGGCAAAAAUCACGUACAAUUUAAGUCCAGCAUUACGUCGACGCCGUCAAUCGUUACCACAACAAGUGGGCAAUAAUGGAGCGGGUACACCGACACACCACAACCAUCCAUCGUCACAUCAUCAUCACCACCAUCCGCAAUCGCACUCAUCUGCCUCGUCGUCAUCAUCAUCCGCCUAUGGUGGUGCAGCAGCCGCCCAUGCACCAACGGCAGCCCAAUUGCAACAUUUGCAGCGAAUACAGGAACGCAGUUUGGGUAGCAAACGUAAUUCAUGUGCAAUUUCCUAAAAAUGUCAGCAACAAUAAUAAUAGCAACAGUAACAACAACAACAGCAGCAG